GUCGCCACCGUAAUGCAGUUUAGUUUUGACACUUGUGUCCUUUAAAAAUUGACGUCUAAACGGAGGAAUAUUUUAAAAGUUUCUUUAAAUAAAGAUGACUUAAAAAAGCAACCAAUUAAGUUAUUCUCUGAAAUUCGAUUAUAUAGUUCGGAAAAGGAAAUAUAUUUACUCUGGAUUGUUAAUAAAUCACUCAAUAUCACAUAAAUUGUGUUUAAAGUGGGACAUUCUACAACGUUGUGUAAUAAACCAGGUGAUUUAAAAGGCUAAAUGUAAGUUUUCUAACCGGACUUUGGAGUUUUUGGUGAAAAUUAACUUGAGACUAAAAUAUUAAGUUAAUAACAAAUACAGAAAUGGCAAGUUUUGCUGCUCAGGCUGCCCUAAGGGCAAAAUGGAGCUCCCUUGUUGAAGAUCACACAAUCGAGGUGCCUCCUGAAGUAACAAAUAAAGUGACAAGCGUUGUAGGAUGGUUAAAACAGGCUUCCUUGGAGGUGCGUGCGGCUGGUAGAAGAGCGGUAAACACACUGUCAGGCAGCGCGAUGUCUCAAAAUUUGGUUAUUUUACAUUUUAAUGACGUGUACAACGUGGAGUCCAGGCCGUCACCAGAGCCAGUCGGAGGAGCGGCGAGGUUUUGUACUGCCAUCAAAAGUUUUCAGCAUCUGCAACCGCUAGUUCUGUUCAGUGGAGACGCUUUUUCCCCAAGCAUGUUGAGUACUUUUACCAAAGGAGAGCAAAUGGUUCCCGUUUUAAAUGAUAUUGGGACACAUUGUGCUGUUCUGGGUAACCAUGAUUUUGACCAUGGUUUAGAAGUCCUGUCUCAAUGGGUAGCCCAAUCCGAAUUCCCCUGGCUGAUGUCAAACGUGUUGGACAACGAGACAGGACGCCCUCUAGGAGAGGGACGCAUAACUCACGUUGUCCACUGGACCGGACACCGAAUUGGUCUUAUAGGCCUUGUAGAAAAAGAGUGGCUAGAUACUUUAGCCACCAUCAAUCCUGAAGAAGUAACAUUUUUGGACUUCGUUGAAGCCGGCCAGAAGUUAGCCGCGCAACUGAAACAAGAAGGCUGCGAUUACGUAAUCGCCCUCACGCACAUGCGCACUCCGAACGACCUGAAGUUAGCCGAGAACACUCAGGAUAUAGAUUUGAUUUUGGGUGGUCAUGAUCACGUCUAUGAGAUUAAAAAGGUAAAUGAGAAGUUUGUCGUCAAAAGUGGGACGGAUUUCAGGCAAUUUAGCAAGAUUACAAUUAAUUUUGAGAGUGCUGGGACUCCGGAGGUUACUAUUGAAGAGGUUAAUGUUACGUCGCAGUUUGUAGAGGAUCCGAAGUUAAAGGAGAAGCUGGAUAAAUAUACAAGCAUUGUCGAAGGCAAAAUGGACGAAGUCCUCGGCUGCUUCACGGUGCCGCUGGACGGCCGAUUCACCUCGAUCCGCACCGCCGAAUCGAACCUCGGUAACUGGGUAUGCGACGUGGUAUUAGCGGCAACAGGGGCUGACCUCGUUAUCCUGAACUCGGGAACGUUCCGAUCGGACCAAGUCCACCCAGCAGGGGAUUUCACGAUGAGAGAUCUUACGAACAUUAUUCCCAUGAGGGAUCCUAUUGUCGUGCUGAAAGUGACUGGUCAGCAAUUGCUGGAGACAUUGGAGAACGGAGUUAGGAUGUAUCCGAAAUUGGAGGGCAGAUUUCCACAGGUGGCAGGUGUUAGUUUCGCCUUUGAUCCUAACAAGCCCAGCGGUCAAAGAGUGGACCCAAACUUCGUCCGGAUUGGAGACGAGUACCUUAAGCUAGAACAAAGUUACAAUCUCGCGACGAAGAACUACAUGCACUCGGGCUGCGACGGUUACACCAUGCUCAAAGAAGCCGAGAUUCUGCUCGAAGAAGAUGCCUGUCCUGAACUUGGUCUAGCUAUAACCAACCAUUUCCAAGCAAUAAACAUCCGGCUGGGCAAAACCAAGAAACACUCCAAGCACCGGCAGUCUCUGGUGACCCUCUCCAGAAGACACAGUCUAGUUAAAAUGCUGGACGGCAGCGAGUUGGAUGGUCCGCCGCCUCUGCGCAGGGCCAGCACUGUGGAGACGUCGUCAAGUCCGCCGACGCAUGCGCAUCACCACCCCACCAGGCAGCUGACGAGAAGGGCCUCUCUCGACGAUUUGGAAAAUGAGUCGUGUCAGAUGACGCCCAAGAUCGAUCACCGAAUCCAGAUUAUUAACAGUCCAGAGAAACUUCAAGAACUUAUUCAGCAGCGUCAAAGAAUAGAGCAAAACUCAAUAAUUGAAGAGGUGGAUGAAUAUUCCCCACCAAAUUAAUAUUAUAAAGUAAAUAUAAAAAUUAAAUUAGGUAAUUUAUUUUUAGCAUAAGUCUCUGCCUUUUAUAAUAUUAUUAAUAAUUAUAUGAACACCAUUCUAUGAAAAAAACUAACUCUAAGUAGGUAUCUGCACAAUAUCAAUGCUAUAAGGUUUAAAAGUUUUUGUACAUUCCACAACGAGCUGAACAAAAACUACUGUACUGUACUGUUGAAUCGAACAAUUUUCCGUGAAAUCUUUACAUUAAGAUUAUACAUGAUAUAACUUUACACGGUGUCCCAAAAUUGGCAGCCAAAAGGAUAAAAGCAAUAUCCUCUUGAAAUUCCACGACCAUUUUUUCGAAUUUGCAAAAUUGCAGGAGUUAUUUAACUUUUACAGCUGCCAAUGAGAGUGCAGUAUUUUCGCUCUAUCGGACGAGCCCAGUGUUUGAUCGAAUGUAUACAUCUACAUUUGGGUUGUCCACCUAUAGUUAGAUGCAGAGCCUGAAUAUUCCCGAUUUAUUAGACUGCUAAUGAUUAUACCCAGUUCAUCAUGUUCAAAUGAAAGAAGUUGUUGUGUACUGCGGCGAGUCAAAAACUAUUUACGAUCGACAAUGGCGCAAAAUCGAUUAAAUUCACCUGGGGAAUGAAAUCGUUCCACCGCCCCUGGGUAGGUGGCUUUAAAACUAAAUAAUAAUAAUUGAUCCAAAGGAUUAC